AUGUCACUUCCUUGCUCCUCAAGGUGGCUUACCUCUUUCCUUAUCAUCUUCUCCAUUUUCUUCACCUCUGCAGUGGUGUACUCCAUUGCUAGCUCUUCUAUCUACACCAAAGAGAAAGAACUGACCUUCAAGAAGGCCAUCAUGACCGUCGUCCCUAAGGUUUGGAAGCACCUCAUGGACACAUUCCUAUGGAGCUUCAUCGAUGACUCCAUUUACAAUGUUGUUGUGGUGGUUCUCUUGGUACUUACUCCCUCCGCUGUCAAUCCUGGAACCAACGCCGGGACAGCACUUCUGUCCCUUCUUCUCGUCCCCUACCUGGGUGGGGUUGUUUAUAUCAAUAUUGUGUGGCAAUUGGCUUUGGUGAUUUAUGUUUUAGAAGAUUUCAAUGGUAUUGAGGCCUUGACCAAGAGCGACGCCUUGAUUAAGGGGAUGAAGGUUGUGUAUAAGAUCAUCCUUAAUCUGGUUAUCCUAUUUAUAUUGAUACAGCACACUGUUUGGGUUUGA